AUGCGGAUACCGUUACCGGGUCACGCAUACCAAAGCGGGGACCCGUCGGAGCCCGUAGCAAGGGAAAGUCCAAAGGCCGCCGCGGAUAACGGAACCGGAAACAUGGGCAACCGAGGUCGCCAAGAUGCCAGCACGCAGCAGCAGCAACAGUCAAGUCAUAAGGGGAGAGGGGCGGGGAGGCAGCACCGGGCAACAGCCAGCGGCGAGAGGGAGGCGGGACUCAGGUUCCGCACUCCAGCUGCUGGCGUCCCCCUGGUGUCGCGGUCCCCGUCGCCGAACCCCGAAUGGGAGGACGAGGAACGGAUCACAGAUCUAGAGCUGGAGGAGGAGGAGGAGGCCGGCGUCCGUCCGGCAGGGCAGGAGGCCGAGGUGACUAUCGACCUGUCGUCGUCCGAGGAGGAGGAGGAGGAAAACAAGGAGGACACCGGGACGGAGACGGUGAGUCCAGAGGUCUCCUCGGACGAGGAGGACGAGCCACGUCGGGCGGCGAAGGCCCGGAUGGCAUUCCGCCGGAUAAAGAGGGCCGCAGCCGGGUUCGGGCGGAUCCGGUUGGGCGACGCAGCGCCAUCGGGCCGCCCGGAAGAGGCAGUGCGUAUAUUGGCAACCCGGGCAGAGGUGGUGCGGCGAGUGUUCGCGCAGCGGGCGGUGGCACGGGCAGCCGCAGCAGCCAGGGAGUGGCAAAAGCGGCUGGACGAGGCUGAGGCCGAAGAGGCAGCGAUAUGGGCACCAUAG